AUGUGCGAUUGGCCUUCCUGGGCUGCCGGGGAGUAUCGUCUUGCGUCGCGCGUGGCGGCGGCGGCGGGAGAUCGCCGGGUUCCUCCGCGGUGGAUCUUCGCAGCGGCGCUGCUCCUCCUGAGGUAAAAUCUGAGGUGGUGGGGAAAAGGGGGGGGGGAGGCUGCUGAGGCUGCUUUUUCGGGACCCUGCCGUACGUUGUCCUCCUUCAUUCCCUCAGAAAGUGUGUGGAAACCCCAAUAUUGUGUGGCGAGGAUGGGGCUUGCGGAAGGAUUGAGGGGGGUGUCGCGUUUUACGUGGGUUAUUUCUCUGUCUUUGUGAGAGUUAAAAGAGGCAGAGGAGGGGGAGAUCCGUGAGGCGUUGGAAAUACGACUUGGGUUUUCUUUUCUUUUUCGCCUCGCUCUUCUGGGUUUGAGGGUGGGGAGGAAGGAAAUAUAUCUUGUCACCAUCACCUUCAUCACCAUCAUCAUUUUAUUAUUUACAAAGCAGACAGUUUAAAUUUAAACCUGGGAAAUGCCUCCCGACUGAAAUGAGGAAAGGUGAGGAGAAAGGGUGGCAUGAAAUAUAUCUCGGCAUUAUUAUUAUUUAUUAUUAUUAUUUGCAAAGCAGGCAGUUUAAAUCUAAGCCUGGGAAAUGCCUCUCGACUGAGAGGCGGGUUCGGAAAUAAGGAAAGGUGAGGAGAAAGGGUGGCAUGAAAUAUAUCUUGUCAUUAUUAUUAUUUAUUAUUAUUAUUAUUUGCUAAGUAGGCAGUUUAAAUUUAAACCUGGGAAAUGCCUCUCGACUGAGAGGCGGGUUCGGAAAUGAGGAAAGGGGUUCUCAGGAUAUCCAAAUGAACCGGGGGUUAAAUGGACUCUGUUGUUCCAUAAGGCGAAUUUCGAGGGGGUUGGGUUGGGGUUUUUUUGCUACAGCCGGUUAAAAGCACAUAACGUUUCAGCCCUGAUAGAAGCACGCCUCUCUGAAGCAGCCAAGCUACAGAGAGAUUUCCAUGGGAAUUGUAGAGUUGGAAAGGGACCUGGGGGGGUCAUCUAGUCCACCCCCUGCAAUGCAGGAAUCCUUUGCCCCAUGUGGGGCUCGAACCCACAGCCCUGAGGCUUGUGGUCUACUGGCUGAGCUGGAAGUGAAGGUAGGUAGGUGGGUGGGUGGGUGUGUUCGGGGUGGGGUGGCGGGUGAGAUGGAAGCCAGCGAGUGCAUAACUUUUCAUUAGCCAUCACACCCAUACCCAAAAUCAAAUGGUUCCUUGACGCUCAGGGGUAUUAAUAAUUACUGCAGAGUAUGUGUCUGUGGAAGACAUUUCUCCAAGGAUCAAUGGCUGUUCGUUUAUUAUUCGUUUAAAAUAUUUAUGAUUUCAUCUUUAAUCAUGGGUUUCUAAGCACUUUACAACAAUUUUUUUUUAAAAAAACAGAACAAUGUACUCUGCAGCACAAAAUAAAACAGUAGGUUAUUAAAAGCAACCAAAUAAAAUGAACUGUGCAGUAGGAAUGUGGAAUGUAUAAUCAAGCAGAAAAGGUUUUCUAUCAUGUGAGCAGAGAACAUUAGUGUGCAUAUGCGUGUUUUUGUGCACAUACAACAUGCUCACAUUUAUUUUUUAAAAAUGGGGAUGCUAUUAUUAUUUGAACAGGCUGCAAGUCUUAGGCAGGUAAAUCGUAUAAAUUAACCCCCCAGUCCCACAGUUGGAUUCACUUCUGAAUCUACAUGGAUAGGAUUGUGAUGUGAACUAUCCUGAGACCUCCAGGUAUAGGUGUAUAAGUUGAAUAAUAAAUAAAUAAAUAAAGGUAAAGGUAAAGAGACCCCUGACAGUUAAGUCCAGUUGCGAACGACUCUGGGGUUGCGGCGCUCAUCUCGCUUUACAGGCCGAGGGAGCCGGCGUUUGUCCACUUCCACAGACAGUUUUUCCGGGUCAUGUGGCCAGCAUGACUAAGCUGCUUCUGGUGAAGCCAGAACAGCGCACAGAAAUGCCGUUUACCUUUCCGCUGGAGCGGUACCUAUUUAUCUACUUGCACUGUGGGCUUUCAAACUGCUAGGUUGGCAGGAGCUGGGACUGAACAACGGGAGCUCACCUCGUCGCGGGGCCUCGAACCGCUGACCUUACGAUCGGCAAGUCCAAGCGGCACAGAGGUUUAAACCACAGCGCCACCCAUGCCCCGUUAAAUAAAUAAAUAAAUAAAUAAAUAAUGAAGCUGGAUCCAUGUUGCACAAAACAUGUAAUAUUUAAGAGGAACUCUGUUGAUUUGCCUCUGGACAUAAUUCUGUUGGGAUGUUUCUGGAAAAUGAUGCUGUCAUUUUUCAACUGAUUCCCACUGCUUCCAAUCCCAGGUUACAUGUUGUCUGUUUUUGUUUUGUUUUUUAAGCAAACUCUGAAAAAGUUGGCACCUUGCCUAUUUAGCACCAAUUCAGAGAACCAAAUGCUCCUGUGUUCAAAAACUUCUGUGAAUUUUUCAUCAGCAGUGUUCUUUAACUGGUUUUCCUUAACUGAUUUUCCUAUCUACUGAGAACAAAUGCUCUAUAGGAUUCAGAAAAAGUAUAUUCUGUUUUCUCAUUUCUAGCGUUUUGUUUUCAGCAUUGCAUGCUACAAUGAGAAUAUCAAGGCUUCCAGCAACAUCUGUUACUGCACCAUCAAGUCUUACCAUAAAUUAUCCCCUGUGACCAUCCUUGUUUGAAAAUAUUUGUACAAAGUUAUCUUGAAUGCGCAGGCACUAAGCUAAUUAUGGUAAAUUUAUUUCUGGUAAGUCUGAUUUUCAGGGAUUCUUUAGAUGCUAAGGAUUCUACAGGAUUUUUAAAAAGGAUUCGUCAACUGAGAAAAUUUCUAAUCCAGUUAAGGAGCUGAGAGCUUACUUCACACUUGUAAAUUCAUGUUCUUGGCGUGUAUAUAUAUCAGAAAUGACUAGGAAGAGUUAUUUAUAUUUUUAUAGGAGAAGAAGAAACAAUGAAUUGAGAAGAACUUGAGCAAAAGCAUUAAUGGAGAUAACAGCCUAUAUGAUGUGUACAAACAAAAAUGCACAGGGAAACGUGUACCAAAAUGUAUAAAUGCAUGAUAAUGGAAGCUUUGGAUGCAAUCUCCAAGAGCUAAAUGAAUUUAAGCUACAGUCAUAAUAAAUUCACAUCUCCAAUGAGAUACAUUGGAUUUAAUCAAAGGAAAAUUAAUUGUGGUUUAGAUGCAAUCCUAAGUACAUUUCCUAAGGAGUUAGGGCCCAUCUACAUAGCUGUUUUACUAAGGGUAUAUGCAAUAUCAUAUCUUUGAUAUGUGAAUAGUGCAUAGUACUGGCAGCACAUUAUCCUCCUUUAUCAGUUCUUCCUCAAUAUUCCUGCAUUAUUGCAUCCACACUUUAAACUCUGCCCAUUCUGUUUUCCACAUUGCAUCCACCCCCAGUUUCCCCUUUUCCCUAAACUAAAGUUAGUUACCUUUGAAGCCAUGCCACCAUACUUUCAUUUGUCGUUUUUUUCAUGUUUUAUGUUAGGGUUGUGGCUGUUGUGCAAAACCAUGGUUGUUUGCAGAGAGAAAAAACAGUAUCUGUAAUUAACAGGAAAUAAAGUGGGAGUGAUGCUGAUAAACAAAUCCUCCCCACCACGAAGAUUUCAUAUAACCAUCAUGACUUGACUGAUAGAUAUGCCCUCCAUGAAUGUUUUUCAAACCCCGUUUUAUAACCAACCAGUGGUCACCACUAUAUCUUUAUGGCAGGGAGUUCUGUAAAUUAAUUAUUUGACAAUGGCUCAGUUUGCACAUAACACAGAGUCAAAUCAUGGCUUAGGAGCAAACAUGCAGGCUUACAGAGAGGAACUUGUGACCAGUUUACUCCUCCUUCAGUCAUUCUGCUGCGCUCUGCUAAGUCAGGGUAAUGUGUCCUACAAACCUGGACUCAGGGUUUAGCUCUGCAGACAAACCCACGAGCUCAAACCAAGGUUGGUCCUAUGGUUUACAGCUUGUGGUUUGCCUUGGAGAGCUAAACCACAAACCUAUGUUGAUAUGCAAAGUCAAACCAUAGUUCAGUUCAGUGCAGCAUCAGAAUAACUGAAGGGAGAUCUCGCCAGGAGCAUCUCAUUCACACUAAGCCACAGUUUGGUUUAGCAUUACAUGAAAACAAGAUCAGUGUCUUAUAUGGCAUUUUUUCAUAUAAGAAAACAAUAUAUACACAAUCACUUGUGAUGUGUGAGGUGUGUGUUUAUUUUGCCACAAAUGAGGAAGAUGGCUGUGCACAUUAUCUCUGCUAGAAGAAACCUUAAUGUGUCAAUCAGCCCUUUGCCCCAUUAAUUUCUGUGGUACUUUCUUCGGUGUGAUAUAUUACCUAGGACAAAGGUGCUACACUAGCAAGCAGAAGAGCCAUUAGAGAAAUUUUUGUGUUAUCUCCCCAGAAAAAAGUAGAAGUUAAAAAACAAAAUCUGGUUUUGAGACUGAGUUAGUUCAGUGGAGUCAGUGAGGAAUGCCUUUAAUAACUGCCAUUUAUUACUUGAAGUAUCAGAUGGGCACUGCCGCAAAUAGGAUGUGGAAAGGCAUAGUCUGUUGAUGAUCAAGCUGGACUGAAUACACAUAAGAACAUAAGAGCUUUCUGUAUCAGGCCAAAGGCCGUUUAGUCCAGCUUCCAGUUCUCACAGUGGCCAACCAGAUGCCUGUGGGAAGCCCAUGAGCAGGACCCAAGUACAUCAUCACUCUUUCCACUUGUGAUUCAUAACAAGUGAUGUUCAGAGAGUUACCACUUUCGCAGUGGAGGAAGAUCACUCACUUUUGAAAGGCAACUGAUCCACCUCAAAAGGGAGGGAGAUGUUUGUCAAUUAUUGGGUCUGCAAAGUUUGUUUCUAACUUCUCUAAGUAAGGGGAGCUAAGUUCCCCUUCCUUUUUUAAUGGAGAAGUGGCCCUCAGCUUAGGCAAGACUUUGAGCGAUACUGAAGUGCUCACCUGGUUGAUGCCCUUUUGUCCUGUAGCACUGCAGUGCUGUGUGUCUUGAUUUUAUCAGGGUUCUCCUUGUGUUGUGAUCAAAAGUAGUGUCCCCAUUACAGCAGUGGGUUUACUGGCCUUUUCACCCUACAUUAUUCUCUAGGUAACUUUCUGUGGGGGAUCGUUGCCAGUGUUGGGCAUGCCGAAAGGCAAAAGAGGGCAGAAUAAUCAAUUUCAAUGUUACCUUUGUACAAGAUGCUAGUUUAGACACACACUCACACACCCUCUUGCAUACAGAAAAAUGAGAAUUUUCAGGAAUCCAGCCAGGUAAAAACACCCAAGGUUUGAAGUGAGGCCAGUUAGAAGCUUGGAAGGCUGCAUUAGGUUCCCAAGGCUGAGAUUCCUCACCUCUGUGUAUCAGCAAUAAGUUAGCUAUAGAGGUUGGCUGCCACUCAAGCCCACAGUGUUGUUUUGGUGAACUUUCACCAUUCAAAAUAGCAUCUACAUUACAACAAGCUCUCUCAGUCUUAGAACAUCUUGCCAGUCCCCCCCCCCCUUUUCUUUUUGGAGAAGUUACCAGACAAGGAAGCUCCCUCCGUUUCACAAGGCAUCUUAGCGUCUUGACAAGGCAGAUGCAAUAGCAUCAUAAGGAAUCCUUGUCAAAACAUCCUCCUACUGUGUAGGCUGUAGGCACUGUGAUUUAUUAUGCUAGAAGGAGAUAUCAUUUUUUGUGAAAAUUCCAGGAAAGCACAGGAAGAAUCGUUUCCUUUAGUUAUCUUCUAGUAGAGUCAGAGCUAUAGUUGGUAUAUCCUUGUUACAGCACUGCAGAUAUACAAUGCCAUGUGGUACAUCUUUCAAACAAUUGAAAAUUACGCAAUUGACUAAAAAUACUGAGAUUUUAAAAUGCUUUUGUUUUUUGAAAGAGUUGACCUUCCAGUUUACAAACUGUUGUUCAUGUUCUCAAUUUUUUUCCUUAAAGCUGUGUGCUUGUAAGAAUUCAGACAUUUUUACCCACCACCCUGUUUGAGAAAAAUAGUUUUUGUUGGGCCAAGUGCUGUGCACAUUUAUUAAAAGUGAGCUUGAAAAAGAUCUCUGUUCUAUAAAUACAGGGGAAUCCCCAACUUAUAUGAGGAUUCCAUUCUGGGCUACUGCACACGUCACCUGAAUGCACACAAGUGGGAAUUCCCUCGUUUCUCUCCCACCCAGCUCCAUUCCACACUGUUCCACCCCUGUCCUGCCCCUUUUGGUUCUGUUUUCAGUGCAUGUGUCAGUGGGAAUUGGGUGCUUUUUGCAUGGAAGUGGGGAGACGCCUGUGUUACAGUUAGGGAGCCCUGUAAUACUGAAGCAUUCAACAAUAAUACUGUAUUUCAUGAUGUCAUCUGGUGUCUUUAUGAGGCAGGAUUCAAAGGAUUUGAUAUUUUAUUGUCUUCUGAUUGAAGUAUGUGCCUCAUCAAAGUAAUUAAUUCAUUUUACUGAGCAACUAGGCAGCAUAUGGUUCCAGAUGGCUUUAUACAAACUCUUUGGCGUGUUUAAACUCCUUUGAGACGAUUCCUCCCCUCCUUCCACGAUGCAUGUUGCCCCAUUGAUAUAUUCCAUUCUCUGACAUAUCUUAUAAUGAACAGAGUGCAGAUUUGACAAUAUCUCAGUUGAACAUUUUAUGUCACCAUUUGCAACUCCCUACUGCUCAUUUUAAUGCUUAGUUAAAAUGUUCUUCUGAACCUUGCAUGGUCAUAGGAAGCUGCCUUGCACUGAGUCAGAUCAUUGGUCCAUCUAGCUCAUUAUUGUCUACUCAGUGACUGUUCAGGGCUACCUGGAGAUGCUGGAGAUUGAGCCUGGGACCUUCUGCAUGCAAAGCAGAUGCCCUACCAUUUAGCUACCACCCUAUCUAAAUGUUGAGAUGUCAUACGUGGCCAAGAGGGCCGUUGUCUCAUGUAGGGUGGUACACUGACUACACUCAUUCCUGGUGACUGGAGAUUUGCACAGGUAAAUACAAGGCUUAGUCCUUGAAUUCCUGCAGUGGGCUCUACAAAGGGCUGCAUUUGAAGUGUGAGUAGAAAUAAGACUUGGUUCAGAAUGCUGCUGCUAAGGCUGUUAACAAAUUCAGUUCGGUUAUUGAAUUGUAAAUUAUUUCUUACUCUCCCUUCACCAUGAAAGUUUGCUCUGCUGGGGUUGCCACAGAGAAUACCCUCUUUUAUCGUGAAACCAGUCUUUGACUGGAUAGUCCUUCAAAUAGACAACUCCUUCAAACAUAGAACUGUCUGCUGUGAUGUAGGACAUGUGGCCACCCUACUUAAUAGGCCCAUCAUAAGCAUUACUCAGCUAUCUGAUGUUGGCACUUUGCUUACAUCCACUUUAUAUGUUCUAGAUGCUAUAAAAAAGUUCUGAGAAGAACUUUCAGAACAUAGAGGGAUUAGCUUUUCAGAUCUAUUAACACCUGAAUUGUAACAGUGUGUUCUGAAAUAUGGAUGGAUUUCAUUUUCUGGAAACCACCAGAGAAGUUUAUAGGCUCCCAUUUAAGAUCAAUGACCCACAGAAGGAAGGUGAUCUAUCUGGGGAGAUUCUAUUUGGAUGGAACACACUGCAGAAUGCAGUGUGGCUAAGUAACUGGACAUAAUCACACUUUCUUUUAACUUUUCAGCUUGUCUCAAUUGACAAUAAUCUUGAAA